GUCUGGUCUGCCUGUGGAAGCGGCGAUUGAGUUCAUUGAUGUGGUGGCUAGGAAGACAGCCACUGGACAUCUCAAAGAUCCUUCGAAUUAUGUCUGCGCGACCAUUGCUAGAGGCUAUGUUCCCCAGGCCAAGCUGCCGUCGUGGCAAGGGCAUGCGAGCUUCGAGGCUCCACCACCUGCCAGCGCUGUGAUGCUGGACAUGGAUAUGGCAGCAGCGCAGCUACAGUCCACCGAUAGCAUGAGGAAAGCCGAGCAGGCUGGCAUAGACCUCAACCAGGAUGCUUUGAAUGCUCUGUUGCGGCUGCCCACGCAGCAUGCCUCACAGCUGCUUGAGCAGGUUGUUGAGAAACAAGGAACCAUAAGAGACUUGUCGAAUUAUGUCUGUGCAACUGUGGCGCGGGGUUUCCACCCAAAGGAGUCCACGGGCACAGUUUGGUCAGGGUUGCCGAACCCCGGCCCUCGCGCUGAGACUGAAGUUCCAGGCGCCAAAGCGAAUGGCAAGGGUAAAGCCACCAUGGAGAACAAAGGGAUUGAGCUGGCUCAGCAGACAACAUGGCAACCUGUAGUCGGUGGUUCAGCUGCUUGCUGGAGAGCAUUCACCACAUCACAACGGUUCCUUUGGCUCAAAGCAGACGCUCAACAUGGAUACGAGCUGAAACCGGCUCCAACAGGUAUGGAAGAUGAGGUUGCGAAUGCAAAGUGGAAUGUGUAUACCCUACAGAGGACGCUUUCGGGGGACUUCCCUUUGUCUCCCUGCAUCACCGCCGUGUUGUUCGAUUUUCUUUUCUUCGGAAUGAUCGGUCUUGCCUGGGCAGUCACGCUGGUGACGCAGCCCACUUUCGUAUAUGACAACAACAUUACGCGAAUGUUCAAAUCAUACAACGUUUGUAUUGGCUUGGAUUCCUGGCCAGCCCGGCCCGUUGCAGCUGCGGCCUUUACGUUGUGCGUGCCGGUGGUCUGCUUGACGGCAGCGCUGCAUGCCUUCAAGGCGCACCAUGACGACGGCGGGCUCAAACUUUUGAGAAAAGCAUGUUUGCUAGUUGGGGCAGCUCUUGGCAAUGCAGCAAUGACCAUCUGCAUUGCUGUGCCGCCAGACGAUUACAUCAAAUGCAUGAUACACACCCUGGGGUUCGCGUUUACUUUGUUUGGCCAAGGCAUCUUCAAGACAGGUCUGAUCGUGGAGUACUGGCUUCUUUGCAAGAAGCACUGGGAUGCAGGAAUCUGGAAUAGAGUGUAUUUCGUCACGCUGGUGUCGCAUGCAUGCGUACUUGUGAUGGCGGUCGGCUUCCUGAUCUACCUGCUGCAGUUGAAAGACUACCAUCCCAUUAUUGCUAGGAUACAAGGUGAUCGCAUACCUACCGUGUCAGAGGGUGGUGUCACGGUGGUUGGUGCUUGGAAGGGCAGUUUUCCUUUUACUUGGCCGGUGGCACAUCUCGUCGAGCCUGAUGGGUCAACAGUUCCCAUCACGGCUGAUGGUACUGGGAAUUUCCUGAUGUGUGUCACGUUCCUCGCUCCCAUCAUUGAGGUCCUGACUGUUCCGCGCAAGCUGCUGUCUCCAGGAGUCAGCAUUGCAUAUGCUCCCAUGCGCAACUUAGAUGUUUAA